UUUGAAUAAUAAUUAGAGACUUGGGAUCAGGGAUCAUUUUAUUUUGCAGUACUAAAAAAAAAAAAAUUUUCAAAAAACUAAAAUGAGUUCUUCAAACGAAACACAAAUCAGCACUGUUUUGUUAGAAUACAGUUUGGAAGAAAUAAAGCAGACAUUCGAUAACCAUCAUUUGUUGGCGUUAGAGUUAGACGAAAACAUCAGGCGACAAUAUGAUGAAACCCGUGAAGCAUUGCGCGAAGCUUGCUCUGUUAAUGAUGCUUUAAAAGCGCUAAAAGAAGAAACUGCUGGUUUAAAAAUUAACCUUGAGGGAUGCCAGUGCGAAUGCAGGGACCUCGACGAAAUGAUUAAGACUAUAGGCGAGGAAAAUGAAGAGUUGGAAAGAUUAUAUAAACAAGAGCAAAUGGCUGUGGAUAUAGACAUAACUGAAUAUAAGGAGAAAAUGUGCGAGAUUUUUGAAAAAUUUCGCCAAUUCGCUGAUGUUUACGACGAAGACAAGAUGACACUCAGGACAGAAGAAGCGAGUAAAGUUUUGUUAAAUUUAUUGGCCGAAACGGAGAGACUAGAAGAAGAAAAUAACCAACUUAAAAAUACCCUUGAGAACAUGGACCCAGAAAUUCCUGAAAACAUUUUAGAGAUUGUGGGUAAAACGGAAUUAGAGAAGAAAUUAGUGGAUUUGCAGAAAUUACAUGCAGUAUUACGAAAUGCGAAACAAUAAACUGAAAUCCUACCUAUUUUAGUAACACUUAAAAAAUACGUAAUUAAUAAUUUUAGCUUAGGCAUUCUUAAUUGAAAUAAUUCAAACAUGUCUCUACUUUCUUUCUUUCAUUAACAUUGUUUCUUCAAUAAAAAAAUAAUAACAAAAAAAUGUUCAUUUAUUUAGAACCCAAUGACAUAAAAUUAAAUGCAAGCAUAGUUCG